UAUCAAAUUAGUAUCAUUGGGAAUAUGAGUGAAUACAACUGCACAACUGUUUUUACAAACAUGAUCUCAAGGUAUGCCGGCGUAUAUUACUUCAGAGUGGAAAGCACCAGUUUUAGGGCAACUGACGUCUGCAAUCAUCUUACAAUCACAGUUAAAGAUUCAGCCCCAGCACCCUCCAUACAGACCCUCCCGGAGGGACCACUAACGGAGGGGAGCAGGGUAACGUUCACCUGCAGGGCCAUCGCACCCUGUCCCACCCAGCCGCCUCACCUGAGCUGGAACCAGUCAGGAGGCCCUGAGGGCCGGCCAGAACCGCACGGAGACCCAGAGCCAAACGUCAGGACCCGGCGGCUGGAUAUCAAUCUGUCGGACCGACAUGACGGGGUCCGCCUCACCUGUCUGGCGGAGUAUCCCGUGAACGACCCAGCAGGCAGGCCCAGCAUCAGAACAGCAGAGAGCGUCGUGACGCUCAAGGUUUCCUAUUCCCCGAAGGAUACCCAGGCCUCCGUCAGCCCCCCCACGGUGUCGCUGGGCAGUGUGGUCAACCUGACGUGCACCAGCAGAGCCAACCCCCCCGUUCUCCGGUUCACCUGGUUCAGGAGCAGUGCGGAGGGACCCCUGAACGUGUCAGAUGGAUCUUUGUACAGCUUCAAUGUGUCCAGCUACAGAGAAAUCUACUACUGCGUGGCCACGAAUCCCUUGGGAAACCAAACAUCAAAAGAGAUUAAGCUAACUAUCAGCGGUGAAAGCGGAUUGAAUGUCCCUCUGAUAGUGAGAUUCUUUGGUACCUUCCUCUUUAUUGGUCUGGUCAUCUCUGUCCUGUGGUUACUGAAGAAGCCUUCAACUCGGCAACAGAAUCCAAUAUGCAAGGUGUCAGACAAGAAGGUGGAAGAGUACAUCCACUGCGCAGAGAUCGACUUUGCCAAGCGAGGUGCUGUGCAGAACCCAGGUCUGCAGUGUGAGAUGAGGUUCACAAGAUGCAUCACGAUGAUCCAGUUGGAAAUGCUGCUGAAUGUCAUCUUUGUUUCGGAUGUGGUUUUCCAAAGCAACAUACAAGAUAAUAUAUAUCCAAUUAGUAUCAUUGGGAAUAUGAGUGAAUACAACUGCACAACUGUUUUUACAAACAUGAACUCAAGUUAUGCUGACGUAUAUAACUUCAGAGUAGAAGGCACCAGUUUCAGGGCAACUGACACCUGCAAUCAUCUUACAAUCACAGUUAAAGAUUCAGCCCCAGCACCCUCCAUACAGACCCUCCAGGAGGGACCACUAACGGAGGGGAGCAGGGUAACGUUCACCUGCAGGGCCAUCGCACCCUGUCCCACCCAGCCGCCUCACCUGAGCUGGAGCCAGUCAGGAGGCCCUGAGGGCCGGCUGGAGCCACACGGAGACCAAGAGCCUAACGUCAGGACCCGGCGGCUGAAUAUCACUCUGUCGGACCGACAUGACGGGGUCCACCUCACCUGUCUGGCGGAGUAUCCGGUGAACGACCCAGCAGGCGGGCCCAGCAUCAGAACAGCAGAGAGCGUCGUGACGCUCAACGUUUCCUAUUCCCCGAAGGAUACCCAGGCCUCCGUCAGCCCCCCCACGGUAUCGCUGGGCAGUGUGGUCAACCUGACGUGCACCAGCAGAGCCAACCCCCCCGUUCUCCGGUUCACCUGGUUCAGGAGCAGUGCGGAGGGACCCCUGAACGUGUCAGAUGGAUCUUUUUACAGCUUCAAUGUGUCCAGCUACAGAGACAUCUACUACUGCAUGGCCACGAAUCCCUUGGGAAACCAAACAUCAGAAGAGAUUACACUAACUGUCAGCGGUGAAAGCAUCGAGUUGAAUGUCCUUCUGAUAAUUGGUGGAUUCUUUGGUACCGUCUUCUUUAUUGGUCUGAUCAUCUGUGUCCUGUGGUUACUGAAGAGACCUUUAACACAGCAACAGAAUCCAAUAUUCGAGGCGUCAGACAAGCAGGUAGAAGAGGAGAUCAACUACGGAGAGAUCGACUUUGCCAAGCGAGGUGCUGUGCAGAACCCAGGCCUGGUGUUCCCCCAGGGGGAGGAGCAGACCUCAGAUUGGAAUUUAAGUAAACCUCCAUUUAACAACGCAUUGGUGCAACACUGUUCUUCUUAUAGAACAAACUGCCCGUUGGCUGUGAAAAAGCACCUACUGCUCGCGGAGAUGAGGUUCACAAGAUGCAUCACGAUAAUACAGUUUGAAAUGCUACUGAAUGUCAUCUUUGUUUCAGGUGCUGAACGAGACUGUCCUGCAGGCCUUAAUGCAUCUAUGCCAACCCAGAUGGAGGCAUUGAGUGACACUUGUUUGCAAAUUCCAUGUUCAUUUGAUUCAGCACCAUUAAAUCUACUCGAUAAAAAAAAUAUAUAUAUUGGUUUAUGGCUAAAAUCGACUCACCAUUUUGGGCCUCAUCCAGAAAGUGUGGUUUUCAACGGCAGCAAAACCAAUAAUACAUAUCCAAUUAGUAUCAUUGGGAAUAUGAGUGAAUACAACUGCACAACCGUUUUUACAAACAUGAUCUCAAGGUAUGCUGACGUGUAUUACUUCAGAGUGGAAAGCAGCAGGUACAAGUCAACUGACACCUGCAGUCCUCUUACAAUCACAGUUAAAGAUUCAGCCCCAGCACCCUCCAUACAGACCCUCCCGGAGGGACCACUAACGGAGGGGAGCAGGGUAACGUUCACCUGCAGGGCCAUCGCACCCUGUCCCACCCAGCCGCCUCACCUGAGCUGGAACCAGUCAGGAGGCCCUGAGGGCCGGCUGGAGCCGCACGGAGACCAAGAGCCUAACGUCAGGACCCGGCAGCUGAUUAUCACUCUGUCAGACCGACAUCACGGGGUCCGCCUCACCUGUCUGGUGGAGUAUCCGGUGAACGACCCAGCAGGCGGGCCCAGCAUCAGAACAGCAGAGAGCGUCGUGACGCUCAACGUUUUCUAUUCCCCGAAGGAUACCCAGGCCUCCGUCAGCCCCCCCACGGUGUCGCUGGUCAGUGUGGUCAACCUGACGUGCACCAGCAGAGCCAACCCCCCCGUUCUCCGGUUCACCUGGUUCAGGAGCAGUGCGGAGGGACCCCUGAACGUGUCAGAUGGAUCUUUGUACAGCUUCAAUGUGUCCAGCUGCAGAGGAAUCUACUACUGCGUGGCCACGAAUCCCCUGGGAAACCAAACAUCAAAAGAGAUUAAGCUAACUUUCAGCGGUGAAAGCGUUGGAUUGAAUGUCCCUCUGAUAGUGAGAUUCUUAAUCGGUAGUGUCAUCUUUACUGGUCUGAUCAUCUCUGUCCUGUGGUUCCUGAAGAAACCUUCAACACAGCAACCGGUAUAGGAACCAGGCACUGCGUUAUGGGUGGCCCUGACGGACCUAGGACCACCCACUGUUCAACAGGCCCACCCAAAACCUUUCGUGAAAAAGAAGAAAUUCUUCUGAAAUGCUUUAUUUUUGCAACUGAUAUUGAUGCGUGAUCCGAUUUGCGUUAAAAGCCGUAGGCUAUUGUUUUAGUUAUUAUAGCCUAGGCUACAAUUGAAUGCAUCUUCUUUGUAUUAAAAGCCAAGCUCAGUCUGUUGCUAAUGAUAUCGAAAUAUUGUUGAAAACUUAAAUCAAUUAAACAGAAUUCUAAAAUA